UCUAAAUUUUUCAUCAUUUAUUUAGAUAAUUGUGAUUUAGAGUCAUAUUCCCAAUUUUUAUGAAAAAUGUUUUUUUUUUUUUUUUGGUCUUUAAUUUGUACCAUCUCUAAAUUUCACACACACUUCUUGGUUGGACCCAUAACAUCUCACCACGUGUCAGUCCCCACUCUCUGAUGAGAAUCACAAUUAAUUCCAUCCCAAUGAAGAAUAUUUCCAGAACCAUCUACUUCUGCCUGUAUUGAUUUCAAGAAAACUCAAAGAGCUUCAUUUUCAUGCUUCUUGAUUCAUCUAGUACAAAAAGAAAGAAAGAAAAAGGGAAGAAGGCUUCUUGAUUGUAUUUUUGAAAGCCAUUGGAUACACAACUGGUGACUUCUCUGGACAUCUAAUUGAUUAAAUUCUCACUUUAUGGAUGAAGGAAGCAUCCAAAUCAGUGCUUGGAAGACGUAUGUUUAGAUUUUAGAUGGCUCUAGAUCCUUCUUCUGGUGCUGUUUCACCUCGGCGACGUUCGGGUCUCUUGCGGGAUCAGGUCCAACUGGUUAAAAGAAAGGACUCUGACCGCUAUGAAAUCAUCCCAAUCCAAGAUCAACUAUCAUUUGAGAAAGGUUUCUUCAUUGUAAUUCGUGCAUGCCAGUUGCUGGCUCAAAAGAAUAAUGGGAUAAUAUUAGUAGGAGUUGCAGGUCCUUCUGGAGCUGGGAAGACUGUGUUCACUGAGAAGGUGCUCAACUUUAUGCCCAGCAUUGCUGUCAUAACAAUGGACAACUACAAUGACUCUAGUCGAAUUAUUGAUGGGAACUUUGAUGACCCACGCUUGACGGAUUAUGACACCUUGCUUGAGAACAUUCAUGAUUUAAAAGCAGGGAAACCUACUCAGGUCCCUAUAUAUGAUUUCAAGACUAGUUCUCGCAUUGGUUACAGGACAGUUGAAGUCCCCAGCUCCCGCAUUACAAUUAUUGAAGGCAUCUAUGCCUUAAGUGAAAAAUUGAGGCCUUUGCUAGAUCUUCGCGUCUCUGUCACGGGUGGAGUUCAUUUUGACCUUGUCAAACGUGUUUUACGGGACAUUCAACGUGCUGGCCAAGAGCCUGAAGAAAUAAUUCAUCAAAUCUCUGAAACGGUAUAUCCAAUGUACAAGGCUUUUAUUGAGCCAGAUCUCCAAACAGCACAUAUAAGAAUCAUCAAUAAGUUUAAUCCAUUCACUGGAUUUCAGAACCCCACUUAUAUACUAAAGUCAACAAGGGAUGUGACAGUGGAUCAAAUAAAGGCUGCUAUUUCUGGAGAAUAUAAGGAAACUACAGAGGAAACAUAUGACAUAUAUCUUCUACCACCAGGUGAAGAUACUGAAGCGUGUCAGUCAUAUCUGAGGAUGAGGAACAGGGAUGGCAAGUACAAUCUCAUGUUUGAGGAAUGGGUUACAGAUAGUCCAUUUAUAAUAUCACCUAGAAUCACAUUUGAAGUCAGUGUGCGCCUUCUUGGAGGGCUCAUGGCCUUGGGGUAUACAAUUGCAGCCAUUCUGAAACGGAGCAGCCAUGUCUUCUGCAAUGAUAGGGUGUACGUGAAAAUUGAUUGGUUAGAACAACUUAAUCGCAAAUAUGUUCAGGUGCAGGGAAAAGAUCGUUCAUAUGUUAAAUAUGUUGCAGAGCAACUGGGUUUGGAUGGUUCAUACGUUCCUCGCACUUACAUAGAACAAAUUCAGCUGGAGAAGCUUGUUAAUGAUGUCAUGGCAUUGCCAGAUGAUUUGAAGUCAAAGCUCAGUAUAGAAGAUGAUUUGGUUUCAAGCCCUAAAGAAGCCCUUUCUCGAGCCUCUGCAGAUAGAAGAAUGAAGUAUCUCAACCGAAGUUUAUCACAUUCGUUCACAAGUCAACGGGACAAGAACCUGCCCAAGCUGACAAAACUUGCUAUCAACAAUAGAAGGUUUGAUGGGAGAACUCCAGAAUCACCUGCAACACUUGGAAACCAAGGAGUUAUUACUCAACUCUCGGAACAAAUUUCUACAUUGAAUGAGAGGAUGGAUGAGUUUACAUCUCGUAUUGAAGAGCUGAAUUCGAAGAUCUCCAUCAGGAAAGUUUCAGCUAGUCAACAAAACUUGGCUAUGCAGGCUGAAGCUUGCAAUGGCUCUGGACCCACUUCUCUUUUUGCGACUGGCUUGGGGAAUGGUUCAUUGACUGGCACAUUAUUGCCCAAUUCUUCAUCUUCUUCCCAAUUGGCUAGGGAGUCCCCACAAAUGGAAGAGAUACUUCUUAUUGCCCGAUCACAACGUCAAAUCAUGCACCAAAUAGACAGUCUGAGCAAUCUUCUGAAUGAGUCCUGGGGAGAGAGGUCACGAAAUGGAAGAUCAGAUCAGACAAACAGAAUGAUUGAUGUUGAUUCCAUUGGCAUCCCUCUUAUUCUAGCUUUGGCAAUUGGUGGUUUAGGUGCCUUCUUGUUCAAGGGUUUGACAUCACAGAAAUAAUUUUCUUGCCAAGUGCUUAAUUUUCUGUAUACAAUGAACAUUGACAUUAGAACCCAUUAUGGUAGAGAGAUAUGUGAACAUCAAUAGGUCUAAAGUUUGAAAAGUUAUAGCCAAGUCACAUUUUUUUAGGUUUUAUAAUAGGGUGGUCCUAUAGUAUUAUUAUAAAUGUUGAAAAUCUUGCCCCCAAAAAAAGGGUGAAUACCUGUAAGUUUCUAAAUAAGUUCUUUUUCUUUCUUGCUGAAUAAAUGUACUACUGAGUACUGAUGGCUGUAUAAAUAUCACUGGUGACUUGGUGAGUGUUGUAAAUAUUGUAUCUUCUCUAGUUUUCUAAUACGGUUGUGGACACUCUUCCCUAUCCUAGGCAUUGCUUGGGCAUAAUAAAGCCAAUAUGAUCUUCUUUGAUA